UCCGCAGAUGGGUAAAAGUACCCAAUCAGAGUUUAUUUUCCUUCAUUUUCUCUUCUUCUUCGGUCAGAAUAAAUCACUUGUUCAGGGUCGGAAGGUGCUUGAAAAACAAGAAACUUUAUUUAAAAUAAUACUUAAUGAUAAUUAUUUGAAUACUUCAUAGAUUCUGCAUGUAAAUGUAGUUUAAAUAACCCUACAGCACUGCCAAGAACAUUCAAAUGAACGGCCAAAAACACUGUGACAGUAGCAUGCUUGUCCUUAUUAUUGUAGGAGAGCCCACAGCAUGAUAAAUAAUGACCAAUAAUGAUUGUGUCUGCAGUGAUCUCAGCUGACCUGUGCAGGUACACAUUAUGAGUGCGGUCUCAUGGUGGAUGUUUAGUUCUUCAUACUUUUUUUAUUCCCGCUUGGUCUCGUACUGACUGUUUAUGACUGGUGCGUGUUUGUGAUUUGUCAAGCCUCUUCUUACUGACUGUUUUUCAGUUUAGUGAGUCUGAACAGCUGCAGCAUCCAAUCAGUGAGUGAUCUUUUACAUGGGGGUGUGUCGCUCAGUGAAGGCCGCUCUUAUGUAUCCUCUGUUGUUGCUCCUCCGACUUUCCUCCUCUCUCCUCCAAGGGUCAUGGGACGCCCCUGAUAAUGGCAGGUCUUGAACUUCCUCUGGUUUGCAGGAGGACUAAGGAGACCAUAUUUAGAGACCUGACACACACAGGGACGUCUCUGUUCAGCAUUGUAACAUACUCCUUUAAACCUGUUGUCAGCCGUUUAGCGUGCAUAAAGGAUGCGAUUGCUUCAGCUCUCCCUGAUGUGCACUGAGGGAAAGGAAAAUGUUGUUUGCAGCUUAGCAACAUCUAGUUGCAGCCCCUCUUUCACACAGUUGCAUCUCUCUGAUAUUUACUGUAACAUAAACCUGUCUUUAACAUUUCCUUUCAACACACUCCAAGGACUGGCUUUAAGCACCAGCGUUUCCUGGAUAGCUUCACUUCCCAGACCUUAAAAGAUCAAUCAGCAAACUGAAAGACUGAUUGACUUGCAGGAUCCAUCUCGUCUCCUCUCAAGCAGACUGCUGCUCCUUUCUUCUUCCAGAGGGACGCUGAUGAGACCCGGGAUGUAAUUUAUUUCCACAGUAACAGCUUCUGCUCAACAUAAAGGGGUGAGAGGAGAAUCAUUCGGCUGAGCAGUCAGGGAUGGAAAUGACUGCGUUUAUCUGAGCAGCGGGUCGACUACAGGCGAGGAGAGAGGUAGGAGUGAGGAGAGGAGAAGUCAUGUGUGAGAACAAAGAAGGAAGCAAACAACCAGUCCAUGGUCAUCACAGAAAACUCCAUCCUCCAAUUAAAAGUGAGUUUACUUUCUGGGGUAGUUCUGUCAAGUAACACAGGAGUUAUCAGUCUUUUGCCAUCGAUUUGACCCGCUGUUUGACCGCAUGUAGAGGCCUGUUGUGCAGGAAACACGGCCUUAGAGUCUCCUUCUCAUGAAAAUAUCAAUACUUUUGUCUUAGUUAAAGUUUUAGAGAGAUGGAGGCAGCUGGAGGGGUUGAUGGACAGGCAAAAGACUGUUUGUUUUGGGGUAGAUAGGAGAUAAAAGUGAAAACUUUGGGAUUUAUAAAACUUAUAAAACUCCACACCUUCUCCUUGUCCACAACAUCAUGUCUACCUUGGAACUGAAGUUACCAUCCAACAGGCAGGACUCUGGAGUGGAAAUCACAGCAUGGACUUAGAAUCACUUCAAAAACCAUUGACUGUGACCACAGUUCAUCACUAAUAAGGUUCAAACUAAAACAUGAUAGAGGGGCCCAGAUAGAAACAGGAUCCAGAACCACCAGAGACUUCUCUAGACCUGAGUCCAUUAAAGGUGGACUGAGGGGGAGAGGAGAACUGUCCUGAGGUCUGUGACAUCCAAAUCUGACAUUCUUAUGGAAAGCAAAACUAGACUUACUGAGUCCAGUUAUAAUUCAACGAAGAAUUGGAAAUCAUAGAUGCUGCAUCCUGGAUCCAGAACCACCAGAGACUUCUCUGGACCUGAGUCCAUUUGAUAUUCUUUUGGAAAUCAUGGAUGCAGCAUCUCUUGCUUUACUGAGGACCACUUUUUUAAAAUGAGCACACAAAGACCAGCAUUCUUGAUGUAACAAGGAUGCACCGUCAAACCAUCAAAAUCUGUUUAAUGAACAUGUGACUGAGCGCCUCAGCCCUUAGAGGAGUCAGGGUGGUAGUUUGGGGGUUUGAAUGUUGGUAUUGUUCAGCUCCAGGACCAUGCACUGUCAUACAGAGCACACAGUCCUAACUGUCCUUGUUGAUCAGUUGACCUCCCCUUGUUCGGGCUAGGGAUGACAUAUCAAUACCCUCCUCUUAUUCCAUUUAUCAAUAGCCCCACUGCUUAAUAACACCAUCAGAUUCACUGAUCAAUACCUGACUGUUGUAUCAAAUUAGAGCUCUUUGUUAUCAAUACACCAGGCUGUGUAUUCAAUUAGAAAGAAGGGCGGAUCAAUGACCAGCAGCCACUGCAGCCAAUCCCAGAACCAGACGCCAUCCUGACAAAUGAUAACUCAGAUGGAUCAAUAGGUUGUUCUGAUGGUGUCUAUGCAUUGCUGGUUGUUACCGCUGGAUCAUCUGACUGAUAAAAGAGUUUAUUUUGGUACAGAUUAAUUUCUGGAAUAACUGAUUCACCAGUUUGGUAUAAACUUUAGAGACUGAUUGCACCGCCUCACCGGGUUUCUCACAUUGUGAACAUUACCUGGUGUUUCCCUAAGAAGACACGACAGUCUCUGUAGAGAUCUCAUUUUGUCUCAGUGACAUCCACCUUCAGCUAUCAUCAAAGUUACCCUCCAUUAGGGUCUUAGUGUGGAUGCAAGAAGUCCGUGUUUGAACUCAUACAGAUAUUUAUCUUUAAUGGGAUGUAGAGGUGCAGUUAUUGGGUGGUUUACUUUGUCACUUUACUUUCCUCUGCAGCGUGAUACUAACACUCCCUGCAGAGUGAUAGAUCUUGCAGCAGGUUUCCAUCACUGCACACACACUUCUGUGUUUCAGGUGUUUUUUACAUAGUUUAGUUGUACAGAUGUCUGUUCAUCUUGCCGGAAUGAAGAUACAGAGAGAUGUUUCUGUAGAAAGUUUUUACUCAUCAGUUUUUACUGAGAGAAAACGCUAUAGUAGGCUCCUGACCAAGGUACGGUGGCUGAGAAGUGCAAACCAAAAUUACAAAAUUUGAAACACUUUUACAAACUUUAAAUAAAUGUAUAUCUUACAAAGCAUUUUUACAAUUAAAAAAUAUUGUAACUAGCAAAACACUUUUACCAAGGACAAAACAAAUUUCCAAAAUGCAAAACUCUUUCACAAAUCCUGAGACAAAUUUACAAAUUACAGAAUUUCAACGGAUAGGGAAUGUGCCAGACACCAAACGUGACCCGAAAGUGAUUACCUGGAGGUCAGUCAAUUUGUCCGCGAGUUCCAAUCUGAUGGUGUAAAUUACUGUAUUUGCAGAGGAAUAAUUCUUUCUGCAAUACAGUACGGCAUUAUUUAGCUUACUUUUGAAAGUACACAAGCUGAUGUUAAUGCUGUGUAAACUUGCCAUCAUGCCCACAAUUACACUGUAGGAGUGGCGCUCGGUGAGACAAUUUGCGCGAUGACCCAUAACAUCUGGUCCGUCUGUUUCCUCCACGUUGUCCAGAGACCGUCCACACACAAAAUCACGUUACUUGGCUUAAGUUGGUUCCACAAAACGGACAAAGCAUAAUUCCCUCACCAUUAACGAUUUGUAAACUCAUAAAAACUCCUUACAUUUCAUGCCGCGUGUCUUUCCUCAACACCUCUCGUCAAGACAAACCGACUGACCUCCAGGUAAUCAUUUCUGGGUCAUGUUCGGUAUUUGGCACAUUCCCUUUCUGUUGAAAUUUUGUAAUUUGUAAAUUUGUUUCAAAGCUGUAAAAGUGUUAUGCAUUUUGUAAAUUUGUUUUCUCCCUCGUAAGUGUUUCGCUAGGUACAUUGUUUUGUUUUAAGUGUAAAAAUGUUUUGUAAAAUUUAUUCAAAGGUUGUAAAAGUGUUUCAGAUUUUGUAAUUUUGAUUUGCACUUCCCAGCCAACGUACCAAGGCUCCUUUCCCCCCUGACAUCUCUUCCUGUCAGAUUGAGGCAGAUCUGACAGUUAAUGCACACAGUCAAAUACAGUCAUACAGUCCAGCAGUAAAAAUAUGAGCAAAGAUCCGGUUAAUAGCAGAUCUGAACUUUUCUGUCUGAUGUUUUCUUUCUGCAGAUCUCAGUCAUUAAUAAAGUUUGUUUAUAUCAGAGUUUCUCUUGAUUUGUAAAGACACAAUUUGUUUCUAAUGUUGUUGGAAUAAUUUAGCAGAUUUAACACUAAAUCACAUCAUCUGCAUAUUUUAUAGUGUCCUGUGUGUUUCGCUGCGUGCUCAGAAGAGAGGUCACAAAGCUGAAAACUGUAGUGUAAAAAGUAACACCCCCUCAUUACAGGUUUUCCUGAUUCUUAAAGGGGAUGGCAGGUGACAUGCUGAUUAUUUUUAAUCACGUUACACCAAAAAUACACUUCUGUGUCCAUGAAGAACAUUAAUCCAACAAUUUUGUCUUCAUUUAUAACCAGUCCAUGUGUUGUUUCUGUGCAAAGACAUCUGACUGGGCUCUGACUCCCAACAGUGUUAGAGCCCAGUGAUGGUAAAUGAAAAGACUGUAAACUCAUGAUGAAGUCUCUCCACGACAGCUACACCCGUCUAAAAUCAAGAAAAACAGGUUUAUGAUUCACUGAAAUGUUUUAUGUAUGAAUAAAAGCAGUGACGCUGCAGUUUGGGAACACUUUCACUUUUGUUUCAGACCGUCUGCUGGCUGUGUUUUUACUCUUUACUCAGAGGGGACAUGGCUCUGCAAGCAGAAAAGGAUCUCACCUGUCCUAUCUGCCAUGACAUCUUCAAUAAUCCUGUUGUCCUGUCCUGCAGUCACAGCUUCUGUAAGGACUGUCUGAGAGGCUGGUGGACGGAGAAGCUCAUUCACGAGUGUCCUCUCUGUAAGGAAAUAGCUUUUUCCAGCAAUCCACCUCUUAACCUGGCUCUGAAGAACCUGUGUGAGGAUUUUUUACAGCACAGAGAUCAGAGACCUUCAGCCGAGUCUGACGCUGUCUGCAGUCUGCACUCUGAGAAACUGCAGUUAUUCUGUCUGACCCAUCAGCAGCCGGUUUGUGUCGUCUGUCUUCACUCAGAUGCUCAUGCUGGACACAAAAUCAGGACCAUCAGAGAGGUGGCACAGGACCACAAAGUGGAGCUCCGUAAAAUCCUCAAACCUGUGAGAGAGAAGCUGAAGACCUUUGAAGGGGUGAAAGAAAACUGUGACCAAACAGCAGAAUACAUUCAGGUCCAGGCCAGAAACACCGAGAGGCAGAUCCAGGAGCAGUUCAGGAAGCUUCAUCAGUUUCUGAAGGAGGAAGAGGAGGCCAGGCUGUCUGCUCUGAGGGAGGAAGCAAAGAGAAAGAGUAAAGUGAUGAAGGAGAAGACAGAGGGUCUGAGCAGAGAGAUAGCAGCUCUUUCAGAAACAAUCCGGGUCACCCAGGACAGAAUAAAAGCUGACGAUGUCUCCUUCAUGCAUGACUACAAUGCUGCAGUGAGUAGAGUCCAGCAGCGCCCCCUGCAGGCUGAUCCAGAGCUGGUCUCAGGAGCUUUGAUAGACCAGGCCAAACACCUAAGCAACCUGAGCUUAAACACCUGGAAAAAGAUGAAAAAGAUUGUGUCCCACUCUGCUGUGACUCUGGAUCCAAACUCGGCUCAUCCAGACCUGGUUCUGUCUCAGGAUCUGACCAGCCUCUACUGUGGAGAGAGACAGAGGCUCCCCAACAACCCAGAGAGGUUUGAUUCCUGCAUCUCUGUCCUGGGCUCUGAGGGCUUCAACUCGGGGACACACAGCUGGUGCGUCAUGGUCAGGGGCAGCCCCACCUGGAUUCUGGGUGUAGCAGCAGAAUCAGUCAGAAGAAAAGGAGACGUGGCCAUAAAGUCCGGGCUGUGGAGGAUCCUGUUUCACAGGAACAAGUACACAGCGUGGUCUCCAACUGGUCCAGAGGCUGAAACAGGAGCUCUCCUCUCAGUGAAGAACCUGAGCUGCAUCAGGGUGGAGCUGGACUAUGACAGAGGGAUGUUAUCCUUCCACAACAAUGAGAACAACACACACCUCCACACGUUCACUCAGCCCUUUACAGAGAAGAUGUUCCCUUACUUCAACACCAACGCAGCAGCUCUGGUGGAGAUCAACUGAAGGUUGUCCAGAAACACAAACCUGAGGCCUCUCUCCUGAUUAAUGUUGGUUUCACGUGUGAGGGAAAAGAUCUCAACUCGCUGAAAUAGGAGAGAUCCAGGUGAUUAAAGAGAAAUAGGAGAGGUCCAGGUGAUUGAAGCAUAGUCUCUGAUUGGCUUUAAGAAUCAGCUGACCACACUGACCCUCCAGAGUUAACAGUGAAACUUUGAGCAUGCUAGUUUUCCAGUUUAGUCAGAUAGAUCUUUAUGUGUCAGCCAUGGGGCUUGUUACAGUACACAUUAUCCACUGUGUCAUGUAUGCUAGCUUAGUUUUCACUACUGGUGUGAGGGUUGACACUCUGAGCGUACAAACAUGUAUGGCUGCUCUUUGUGAUCAUUAUCACAUCAUUUCCACUUUUCUUUAGCAUACCUGUCUGCUCAUGUAUAACAGGUCCAUGUAUCAGGAGAAGGGACGUUGUCAUAUGUGUUAUAUUUAUGGAAAACACAUACAGGAUAUAUGUUAGUGUAGAUGUCUAGAAAAUAUAUGAAAAGACCUUCAUAAAAAUCAAUGUUGGCAUAAAUUUGAAAUGUCUGUGUGGGAUGUUUAAAAUUUUUGUCCCAAAAUGUUAAUAAUAUAAGUUAAAUGUAUGGACGCAAGUAUAACAAUAAAUACAUUUAUGUUGAAUUCAUAGAUGAUAUCACGUGUUUUGUCCAUGUAUGUCAAACAUAUGUGUUUUGAUCAUAUACGUAAAACUGAUUUUGGAGUUUUAUGUUUUCUUUAUCUCUGUAGAAAAAUUGUUUGAUGUUUAUAUAUAGAUAUAUUUUUAACAAAUCUUUUUAGUUCAUUACAAUUUGAAACUAUAUAUUUGAUCAGAAAUGUUGAUAAAAUAUGUUAAAGUGAUAUAAAAAAUGUUGUCAUUUAUGAAAAAAAAAAUCAUCCUGUAUAGGUGCUUUGGAGUCAAUAUUGAAUUUCCCUCUAGGAUUAAUAAAGUAUGUAUGUAUCUAUCUGUCUGUCUGUCUGUCUCAUAAGCAAAUAACAUGUACGUCCACAACCCUAAACUCUGUAUUACAAACUCUAUACACUGUGUGCACAAUUAUUAGGCAAGUUGUAUUUUUGAGGAUAAAUUUUAUUUUUCAACAACUGCAGUGCUCUCAGUCAAUCCAAAAUAUUAAUAAACCUCAAACCUGAAUAUUUAAGGGGGUAAAAGUGAGAUUUUGACUUCCUUAGGAGAAUAUCUAUGUGUGCACAAUUAUUGGGGGCAGCUAUUAGUGUGCAGAAUUAUUAUGCAACUAAAUUAAAAAUGAAAAAUUUUCCAUCUCACUUGUUUAUUUUCACUUGUUAAAGUGAGAAUGAUAAACAAACAACUCAAUUUACAAAUAAAAAUAGUAGAAAUUAAAAAAAAAAAAUCUGUGACCAAUAUAGCCACCCUUCUUUUCAUUAACAGUCAUAAGCUUUCCAUUAAUGGAGUCUUUCAGUUUCUUGAUCUGUUGAUGAUCAACUUUUUGUGUUGCAGUAACCAAAGCCUUCCAGACACUGUUCCAGACACUGUUCAGAGAGGUGUACUUUCUUCCUUCACUGUAAAUUUCCCGUUUAAGAAGGGCUCACAAGUUCUCAACAGGGUUUAGGUCAGGUGAAGAAGAAGGCCACGUCAUUAUUCUUUCGUUUUUAAGGCCUUUACUGGCGAGCCACAUAGUGGAGUACUUUGUUGCAUGCAAUGGAGCAUUGUUCUGCAUCAAAAUCAUCGUCUUCUCAAAACUGGCAUUGGAUUUGGGAGUUGAUUUUAAGUCCAUCUUCAACUCGAAAAGGUCCACCUAGCUCAUCUUUAAUAAUACCAGCCCAUACCAGUACCCCGCCUCCACCUUGCUGGUGUCUGAUUCGAAGUGGAGCUCUGUGCCCAUUACUGAUCCAGUCGCGGGUCCAUCCAUCUGGUCUGUCAAGAGUCACUCUCAUCCCAUCAGUCCAUAAAACCUUUGAAAAAUCUCUCUUCAGAUAUUUCUUGGCCAAGUCUUGAC